AUCAAAUUAUAUUAAAGAAUGGUUUUAGUUGGUAUUAAAUUUUAAUCAAAUUAUUUUAAAAUGGCGAGAAAAAGGCAGAGAUGAACCUGUUAGUAAUUUAUUGUUUGUGAGUGUAAAUAAUAUGAGUGAAAAUAUAUUUCGGUGCCUUUUAAAAAAUACAACCUGAGAGAGACAUAAAGUGAGAGAGGAAGAGAGAAAGAAAGAGUGAGAAUAAAGAGAGAACAAUGUUGCCACACAGCUGACUUGUUCCAUCCUACACCAUGCACCUGGCUACACUACAUCAAUACACCUUUCCUCUGGCAACACUGCUCACGCUUAUCAUAGCUGAGAAAAGCUUCGGCAGCCCCGACCCAGGCAACAAGAGCAAGGUGCCCGGGAGCUGGAGUCCGCCUGAGUUUGAUGAGUCGCUACCUAACAACAUUACAGUCAUGGAGGGAGAGUCAGUAUCCCUUCCCUGUGUUGUCUACAAGCUCAGAGGAAGAUCAGUGUCUUGGAUUCGACAGAGGGACCUGCACGUCAUAUCUGCCAACGAACUCACCUUUAUCUCAGACGACAGGUUCAAGGUGAACAUCGACAACGCCACUUCGUCGUACACACUGGAGGUGACGACCGCCCUGAGGAACGACUCAGGGGUGUACGAGUGCCAGGUGAAUACACGACCAAAACUCUCCCGUCCUGUCGUACUCGCUGUCCAAGUUCCAGCUGCGAGUAUACCUGGACCUAGAGAGCUGUUUAUCAGAAGUGGCUCCACCCUCGUCUUGACCUGCACAGCUCUUCUUCACCCUGACGCCGUCAGCCAGGUUGACUGGUUGCACAACCAGACGAAACUCUCCAUAGCUGGGCCUCGCAGCGGCGUCAGCAUCCACACGGAGAAGGCAGGUCAGCUGCUCUCCUCCAAGCUGUCUGUGGCGAAGGUAGCAGCAAGAGACGCUGGCAACUACAGCUGUCAGCCUGACAGCGUCCAUCCUGCCUCAGCCACUGUCUUCAUUGUUGACGAGGAGCUGCCCGCGGCUAUGCACCACGACAACGCAGGCAGCAGCAGCAGGCAACCCCUGGGAAGCCUGUCUCAAGUAGCAGUCAACAUCAACGUAGCUCUACUGGCCUCCACCAAUCACAACUUAGCUCUACUGGCCUCCAACAAUCACAACUUAGCUAUCUCCUACAGCGUCUGUGUUUACUCUCUCUUAUGACUAGACAUAAAACAAGCUUUUAUAUCCAUAUCACUCAUUAGUUUGAUGUAUAUUCUAGAGAGAAACUGAGGUGUGUGCAUAGCAUUAUGCAAAUUGUGUAUAUACGUAUAUAAACUGUUUAUAUACGCCUUUAAGUAUGUGACGCGCGUAACUAGGUUACGGAAAAUGUAUAUAUGUGUGUG